GGUGCCCGCCCGCACGCGCCCAGCCCAUUCACAAAAAACUUCAUUCAUAAAACCGGCGGCGGCGGCUGCGGCGGCUGCGGCGGGGCCGGCCCGGGCGCUGCGGGGAACGGCCCCGGGGGCGCGGCAAUACCCGGCUGUUCCUGGAUUAUUACGGUGCUGAAGGACUUUUCCAGCAGGAAUUAGCGAGACCGACGCUGCUCAGUGUUUUUCGUGGGUUUGUGCCUGACGGCGGGGCAGGAGCUGCAGCGCAGGGAUGCUCUUCGCCUCUGGGGCAGCGGCGGUGGAAGUGCAGAGAGCUGGGCACCUUUCGGGGUUCAUGCCGGUCUGAAAAUACGUUUGAGCUUGUAGCUCUCUCGCUGUGCUUUGUGUGGAAUAUGCUUGAGCUUUCGCUGCAGCCAGGACUCGGUAAUUAAUGAUGCUACAGCUGUAAGUCUUCAGAGCUAGGUGGGAUUUAGUGCCUGGCUUGAGGCAGGAAUGAAGGCAGGUUUGGAUAGCGGCUCGUCAGCUUAAGCUGCUGUACCACUGAUGUGCUUUCCCGUAUGCUGCUUUUAUUACUGCUUACAAAAUGCCAGAUGUCCAUGCAGUUUUAAGCCUUGUCCAUUGAGGAAAAUAAACCACUCAAGAGGGAGUCAGCAAAAAUAUCCGAUAGGUUUCUGUUUCGAAAAUUAUUUGACUUGCUUGAUUUCCAUAUAAAUUAUCUACAAGAGGCAAUUUAUGCAAGAAUAUCCAAUUACAGACCUGCCAAGGCUAUGAGAGAACGCAGCCAGCAGAGCCUCGGUGGACACGUCCUGUAUGUAGGGUUAUUCAGACAUCCAGGAAUGCUGCACAGGGCUAAGUACAGCCGAUUCAGGAAUGAUUCCAUAACAUCCCUAGACGAAGGUACACAAAAUACGUCUUUAAAUAUCAAAGGUUCUUCCUCCUCUUCCCAUUCUUCAACACCUAAUUUACUGACAGAAGAUGUCUCCUUGGGGCCACAGGACACCUGCACCACCCUGUGCACGCUGAUCCCCCGGAUGGCGAACAUUAAACUUGCCAACCCAUCAAAUCUGCCGGGGCUGAAAAAUUUCUGCCUGGGAACGAAAGAGGUGCCACGAAUUAAACUCACGGAGUGCGUUACCAUCCCGAGCAGCCCAACCUCGCCCGAGAUCAGCUGCCUGUCGGCCUCUUAUCCACAGCCUGACCUGGAUAAGCUGGUCCUAACCCCAAAGCCAGCAGGUGACUGCGCUGUGCGAGGGGCUGAGGAGGCUGCUCCUGUGGGCAGGCAGGACAGGAGCCUCACACAGAGCGAUGAGAGCACGUACACCCAGGAGCCAGGAACGACCUACAGCGUCAGGUACAUGGGCUGUAUUGAAGUGCUGCAGUCAAUGAGAUCCCUGGACUUUGGCACACGGACACAAGUCACCAGGGAAGCAAUAAGCCGACUGUGUGAAGCGGUAUCAGGUACAAAUGGAGCUAUAAAAAAGCGGAAGCCUCCAGUGAAGUUUCUGUCUUCUGUACUUGGCAAAAGUAACCUUCAGUUUUCUGGUGUGAAUAUAAAGCUGACCAUUUCAACAAGCAGCCUCACUUUGAUUAAUGUUGACACUCAGCAGAUUAUUGCCAACCAUCAUAUGCAGUCCAUCUCAUUUGCUUCUGGAGGUGACCCAGAUACAACAGACUAUGUUGCAUAUGUAGCAAAAGAUCCUGUUAAUCAGAGAGCAUGCCACAUUCUGGAAUGUCCCAAUGGGAUGGCACAGGAGGUGAUAAACACCAUAGGGCAGGCUUUUGGGCUCCGCUUCAGACAGUACCUGAAGAACCCAUCCAGCCUGGUUACACCUAAUGAAAGUGAGGCAGCAAAUACUAAUGGAUCAGCUGGGAAUUCACAGGAGAGGCAGGAUCAUGAAUAUUACAACGAAAUUCCAGGGAAGGAGCCUCCCACCGGUGGAGUGUUAGACAUGAGAAUGAAAGUGCAAACAGACCAAAGGGCUAAGUGUCCUAUCCAGUACAAAAAGCAGUAUUGCUCAACAGGCAGCCCAACAUUCAUCAAUAUAUAUGAAAAUUGUCCAGAAGAAAACAAAGCUGUGGGUAAUUGUGAUGAAAGAUCACAGAAGACAAAAAAAGAGGCAACAGUAUUGAAACCUGCCUACAAAACAGAUCUCUUUGACGACCCUUGUUACAUCAACACACAGUCCCUGCAGCCUGCAGCCUGCACAGCCCGUGGUACAGCAGCAGCACAGAGCCAGGGGAGCCCUCUGCGCCAGCCCAAGUUACCCGAAGCUAUUCAGCAGAGUGCCACGAGCAACACAGCUGGUCUCUGUGUUCUGCCACAAAUAAAGCAACAGCUAAAGAAUGAAGAUUGUUACCAUGGCAAAUUAAACAGGAAAGCAGCAGAGAGCCUCUUAGUCAAUGACGGGGAUUUUCUGGUGCGAGAGAGCACAACGUCACCUGGGCAGUUUGUCCUCAGUGGACUUCAGGGAGGGCAAGCAAAGCAUCUGCUCUUGGUGGAUCCUGAAGGCAAGGUGAGAACCAAAGACCAUAUAUUUGAUAGUGUGGGUCAUCUUAUUCAGUAUCACAUGGAAAAUAAUUUGCCAAUCAUCUCCUCUGGAAGUGAAGUGAGCUUGAAGCAGCCUGUAAGGAAAGAAAGUAAUAUGGGACACAUGCAAUAUCACAAAUAAUCCCUUGGAUCUCACAAAUCCCAAAACAAUUCAUAUCUGAAAACUGUACCGAGAACUUUCUAUUAUGAACACAAUUCAAAAAAAUAUAGACUGCACUUUCUGCUGCUGUUCCAGAAGAAACCCUUUUGUGUGUGUAUGUAUGAAUAUAUGUAUAUGUGUAUAUCUAUGUAGAUCUAUAGAGAUCAACAAGCAUAGUUAUAUAGAUACAUAUAAUCUUAAUCUUAACGAAAUUACACCUUCCGAGUGCGAGAUUGAUUUGUGAGAAGGUAUUUUAGACAUGCACAAAUGUCACUUUCAAGGUCAUACUGAAUCAGUAACUAUUUAAAAGCACAAUUAAAACUCUACAUACAAAAGCUCACUUGAAUGAACUGCUGGAACAUUAGUAUGUGCCUUUUAGCAUAGAAUUAUUGGAAACCAAUGUUAUUUAUAAUGAAUUAGUUUUGGGUGGUUAAACAACAUGUCUAAGCUUUUAACUAUUUGCCAAAAACAAGUACAAUUGGAAUAUUACUAAAAUGUCAUCUUCUUUCAAUAGACACUAACAAUUUCAUUUUGCUUGUAACAGCACUUUACUAGCAAGUAAUGUUUGAAAUGAAUAGUGUUCACAAUACAGAAAGAUUGUCCAGUUUCUUAAUCAUUUUUUGUCACUGACUACUCAAAGAUUUGAGAUUAUGAACACUUACAAAGUUGAAAUUAAUAUAUGUAACAUAAUUUUGGAAUAGAACUUGUUAAAGGACAAGCAUGCUAGAUCCUAAUAUUUUUGUCUUGCAUAUGAUUUUACUAUUAUUAUCAAUUAAUACUGGAGACAUCUUUUUAAAAGGUAGACUAAAUAUAUUUUCAUUGAUUACAUAGUUGUUUACAAACUAGAAAAGCUGAACAAAACUAAUGAUACAUUUUGAGGGAAAACUCAAAAUGUAUUUGAAAGAUGUUUGAACUUUGCAUGUGUCCUUAUUCAGUGUUCUUUCCAAAACAAGAUACAGUUUUCCCCUCUCUUCACGUAGAGUCCAUUUGUUCCUAAACAUGGAAAAAGGUCUUUUAAAGGAAAUCUAUUAAUUGUUUUGCCACAAUAAAUACUCUAAAUAUGAACAAUCCUA